CCAGCCGCCCGCCUGAGACCCCACUACGUCCACGGAACGCUCACGGUGUCGACUCGCGCUUCGCUUUCGGCUCCGGUGGCGACGACGUGUGCAUGCGUGGUUGCAGUCGGAGGCGGGCCAACCAGGUGGCCGGCUGCGGAGUGGUGGGCGCCAAGACAAGACGUCAUGGCAGGGACUUGAAGGCGAGGACUGCCGUGAGGAGUAAAAGGGGCGCGUCUCAUUAUGUCGCCGAGAGCUGUUUUAUAUGUUUAAUAAUCGGAUCCUGGAGCCUCGCUUUCGUCACACUCAGUUGCCGCGGGCGCAAGCGAGAGAAGCGAUUCGAGAUGGAGAUGGCGAUGGCGCGGGUUCAGUUCACAUUCCGGUACGGAGACGAGAGGGCGGGUCGUCCCGGCAAUUCAACUCGACUCGUCCCGGCGAGGGCGUGAUUGAUUGCCGAGGUUGGAUUUGGAAGUGGAUAACUCGGCGGGCGGGACCGACAUGUCAAAUGUGUUGCGCCAGAAGAGAGGACGCACCUCGGGACGGCAUUCAUUGGAGAUGCCAGCAAGGGCCAUGGCGAUGCGCGCAGGUCGACGGAGGAAAGUGUGUCAGAGAAACCUCUCGCCCGAGUAAUGUAAUACACCGCGAAGCCAUAUCAGCUGCUGCUACUGCUGCUCUCGUACGCACCAACCCUCAACUGAGCGAGCGAUUGCUGGGCGUAUACAGAACGCAAAGCCCGCUCUUCUGCGCUCCUUUGUUCGUUAAUCUACUGCUCCCAGCGCUGCGCUGCCCUUUCCGCCCGCCUCUCUGCCAAUGCGCUGUCGCUUGGUAAAGCUGAGGACGAACCCCUGGACCUCUGUGAGUACUGCACUACACUCCUGUCUUCCCUCCAAAGGGAAUGAUGCCGCUGCAGAGCGAAGCCCAGGCCCCACUUUCGUAGCACCUUCUUCCCUGGUUCCUGCUUUCCCGUCGUUACACAGUUCCCUAUUAGCUCCAAGACGGACAUAACUAAUCUUCACAGAGCUCGCAAAUUUCCUCUUACUGGAUAAUGCAACUCCGGCGCAGAAGGCAAGCAGUCAAGAUUGUCCACCAAACACAAGACUACAAAAAAGAAGUUGUAUUUAUGUUGUAUGAAUUACAAAAGGUACACCAUUUGAAGGACGUAUGAUAAUAUGCCAAAUGCCUAAAUACGAACCCUCAUACUUUUGAAACUCUUAAAUGUCUACAUUAAUGGGGUUUUUCAAUUCCCCCAUACUGCACACGGGGAUCUCCUUGAAUCAGCUUACGGGUUCGUUCAGAGGCUCCUAGCGGGAGUUGAUACAGGUCCUACUUAAAGUUUACAAUGCCCUUUAAUCCCACAUCUUAAAAAAUAGUCAGCAUUUUAGAUCAGCAAGUUACAGGUAGACAUAAAGAGUCCUUGUAGAGAUCUGGACGUUACGAUCACCUUCCCUUCCAUGCACACUACAUUCUUGAUCACUCAAUACUGCUUCAGCGUCUUAAUUAGCUUUACUUUUGUGGCUGAUGUGAAACCCGCACGUCGUGAAUAAGUAGUGGCUUGUAUGAAAAACACACAAAUUAAAAAAUUGCAGUUUCUCUCCCC